AUGCUUUCUUCACGGCGCAACGCAGCAAGAGAUCUGAUUGCGUCAGCGUCUCAUUCGGCUCCUAUUGCCGGCCCCUCCCGUCCGAGGCACUCCUCCACCACCGCCAUCGCCGCCUCUCCCACUGCCGUCUCCACAAGCGCCGCCAACAAGCGUCGCUCUCUCGCUCAGAUUCGCGAUUCAUCCGCCUAUGUAGCCCGCUACCGUACUCUCGGUGCAUCAGCACAUCCUCUGCUUUCAUCGGCACCGACGAAAGCAAGCCAUGCCGCAUCGCAUGAGGCGUCCACCUCCGUUGGCAGCCAGGCAAAGAUCAGCACUACUCUGCAAAGAAGGACCAGCGGCGCUAUUCUAGAUACAUCUGGUCCAGCUGCAUCGCCAGCUUCUUCUUCUGUACGCGCCAAGUCCACCAAUGCAGCAGAUCAGCUCGACGAUACAUGGGCCUUUGGCGGAGGUGCCAAAAGUCAAUGUGGCCCUGUCGGCCCCGGAGAGGCGAGUUCGACCCCAUCGAACGGAAAAGCAGCCAGCUCACCCAUUGUGAUGGGCAACGCAGGCAAAGGUGCCAUUCCCAACUACGGCAAACGCAAGAUGAACACCAUCCACGUCUCUGGUCCAUCGUCAGGUGCACCGCGCACAUCAGCCACAGCGUCCGCGCCUUCAUCCACCUCAGAUCAGGAUCACGCCAGUCGAUAUCAGCAUCGCUAUUCGCCCUCUACCCGCAGCGAGCAACCUCUUCCACAGCACACCUACUUCUCAUCCCCAUCCUCUUCUUUCAACGCUUCGUCCUUUGUGGCGCCCGGCACACAGCCACCGUUAGCCGGCACUGCAACGGGAGGCAUCGGCCAGGGUCACCCUGGAAUCGGCAUCGUGCGCAAAAAGUCGGCUCUCAUCUUCCCCGGUCAGGGCUCGCAGUACGUCGCCAUGUCCAAAGAUCUCUACAAGACCUUCCGCUCAGCUCGUUCGAUCUGGCACCAAGCAGAAGAGGCGCUCAUGAUGACGCCCGGCAUCCACUCUCACCACUUCAUUCAGGGCGAGCGCGCAACGAGUUCACAGCAGAGGGAGCUGUUCGAAGCUGAGCUAGCAAAAACACGCCAUCUCGACUCGAAGCAGGGUCUGCUAGCAAGUGGCACAGCCGUCGCGCGGAGUCGGCGGGGAUGGCUUCGCGAUCUCGUCUUUUCAGGUGACCAACUCGAGUUGACGCGAGCAGAGAACGCACAGCCGGCGAUCCUCACCUGCACGCUCGCGUUCCUUCAGGUGCUUCGUAAGGAGUUCAACAUCGAUCUCAUUCAGGAUCACGUCCAGUGGGCAUCCGGUCACGGGUCGGGCAACUACGCUGCUCUUGUCGGAUCAGGAGCGUUGGACCUGCACGAUGCGGUCCGUCUCCUCCGACACCGAGGUCUCGUCGCCUCGCACUACACCGCCAACCACCCUGUCCUCUUCCCUCCAGGCUGCAAGAAGCCCGAGAGCGUCUACGAGACCUGGGCCUUUGCCAACGCCGGCAGUGGCAAAGGUGCCGAUCUGCUAUACGAAGAAGAAGCCGCAGCAACAGCCGAAAAGGCGCAACCCGGAUGGAAGCGGACCCAGAUGUCCGGUGUCGUCGUUCGACCCGGAAAGCUCAAUGCGGUAAUCCGCGAGGUGGAGCAGGUAUCGGAGGACAUUCGGAAUGGCAAAAUACCCUCGGUGGCGCGAGACGAGGUGGUCGAGGUGGCCAACAUCAACAGUGCGCUGCAGAUCGUGCUGUCGGGAUCGCGAGUGGGGGUUUCGUACUGCUGCGAUCGGUUGAGGUCGAAGAACCUCGGUGCGAGGGCGGUCAACCUGCCCGUGUCGGGGGCGUACCAUUCGAGUCUGAUGACCGAGGCGAGCGACUUCCUCCGACCUGCGGUCAAGUAUAUGCCCCUCUCGGAUCCGGAGGGUUUCUCGCUGGUGUCUUCGAAAGACGGUCGGGUGCUUCCGAACAGCGAUGCGAUCCGCGAGGAUCUCGCGGGUGCGUUCGCGAGACCCGUGCACUGGCUCAGCACCGUCGAUACGCUGCUAGCCCAAGGCGUGGAGCGGUUCAUCUGUCUCGGUCCUGGACGUGCCUGCGCUCACCUGCUCAGCAAAGAACUCGCCUACAGGGACAAGCAGAAGGAGCUCAACGGCGACCACUCCGGCUCAGCCUACGAAGUCUGGUCCCUCGCAACAGUGGAAGAUGUCGAGCAGCUAGCCGAGGCGCUGGCAGAUGUGAGCAAGAUGGAAGGUGUUCUACCGCCAACCCCUGCGUUCGAUGCGGAUCGUCUUACUGCCGACUGA